AUGUCCGGUGGUAAAGGUGGUAAAGCUGGUUCCGCUGCUAAAGCUUCUCAAUCAAGAUCGGCAAAGGCCGGUUUGACUUUCCCAGUCGGUAGAGUUCACAGACUCUUGAGAAGAGGAAACUACGCUCAAAGAGUCGGUUCUGGUGCUCCAGUGUACAUGACGGCCGUUUUGGAAUAUUUGGCCGCAGAAAUCUUGGAAUUGGCUGGUAACGCCGCCAGAGACAACAAAAAGACCAGAAUCAUUCCCCGUCAUUUACAGCUAGCCAUCAGAAACGAUGACGAGUUGAACAAACUAUUGGGUAACGUGACUAUUGCUCAAGGUGGUGUUCUGCCAAACAUCCACCAAAACUUGCUUCCAAAGAAGUCUGCCAAGCCAGGUAAGGCCUCUCAGGAAUUGUAA